AUGGUGGGUACUGCGGUAUCUCGUCGGGGCUAUCGCCAAAACACUGUCAACAUCAGAUUCUGCCGCAAGCAAAGCCUCGUCUUGAAAGCGAAGGGAAAUACCGGUAUUUUUUGGUUACUUACUGUCUGGGGCUGGCUGGUUUCUUUAUCGAAAUGCCUUGCCGGCCUUGUCAUGCACGUUGGUUUGCUUGAGAUGCUGCUUGCUGCUUGCGUUUCUCAGCUAUGCAGCUUUGCAACUAUCCCGGCUGGCAGUCAUCAAUUCAUCAUUCCUCACAUUCAAUGUUAUCGGAUCGUGGAGCGCUUGAUUGAACUCAAAUCCCUCUUCGUUCCCGGAUUUGUCUGGAAGCAAGGCCGUCCGAUUUCCACAGAUUUCGACGACUCUGUUCGUGCGAGUCCUUUUCCAAAAUACCGUAUAGUCGGUGAAUCGGGAUGCUCUAAUGAUCUGGUUACUAUGAUGAAGAGCGAAACGGAGGCAUGUGCAAUGGACAUAGUGUUGUGCCUUCGAGACCUAUUGCAUUGGUACCAUUCCCAUCUGAAGGGUAAAAGCGUGGGACAUUGA